CUUACAUACUAUUCACAUAUUUUUAAAUUGGCGGCUUUUUAAAUAGGAAGUGAUGGAAAUGGCGUGCGCAUUCAGGUACUGCGCGCGCAUACUGAAUGAUUAAUAAUGAACACUUCAUGAAUUUCAUUUUAUUAUGUUAAAAAUUUGAUGGUUUAUUUCUUGAAAAUUUUAUUAAAAAUUUGUUUCUCAUUAUAAUAUCCUUAUUCAUCAUGUGAUUUUUAUGUAAAAAGUAAUUAAAAGAUGGACGAUUAAAUGAUAUACUUAACGCGUAAGUUCCUGCGGGGUGGGUGAAGGACGCCAUGACAGUCGUAUUUUCUGUUAACUACGAGCACGUAAGCUCUUGCCACCGUUUCCGCGAAAUUCUUGUUCAACUUGGUAUUUAUUUAGAUAAAAAUUGGCAAUUCCGAUUUCUGAAUUUGCCAAACUUUCCUUCGAGUAUAUUUUGGUGGUGGAAGGCAAGAGAGCGUGGCCAUUAUCAACGAUUUGUUUGUGGGUACUCAUGGCGAGGUGAGACGUCGAGAGGUGGCGAAAGGCGUCCCCCCUUGCGUCGGGACGCGCAUCUCUCUGUGUACGAGACGACUUAGGGCCAACGAAGUGAGAUGCCAGAACCGCCGACGGCACUAUGCACCAUGUGAGUCCAUCCUGCGAGCUCUGUCGAUUAUUGUUUUGACCCUGUCGAACAGUUUUCGUUUUCCUUCUGCCCCGAAUCCCGAGGAACCUCCAUCUUGUGGCCCCUUGUCCUCGUUCUACGAGUCACGAUAAUUGACGCGUCAUAUGUCUGAGACACCAGAAGAUGGUGCCCGUGAACCCUCUCUUAAAUACGAGGGGAUCUGCGGCGAAUGCUGGCAAAUAUGGAAAUACAGCUACGUACUCGUUAGAGCCGCUGGAUGAGAAAUAAAAUAUAUCACAAACAUCUAGUUAGUAUCCAAUGAACAAAGAUGAACAGUGACCAACAUGCAUUGCCAGCGACUACGCAGGCACAACAAGAGGAUUUAAACGCGGGUCAAAGUGGUCGUCCUUCAUACCCAGGUGGUUUGACUACAGCAACCAGUCUUGGCAAUGUAGGCAGUACCCCGCAUUCAUCUGCGGACCUGCGUGUAGGUACAGCUGUAGCGUUAGCCUCCUCGGUAGCUAAAUAUUGGGUCCUCACGAAUCUAUUUCCUGGACCGCUACCUCAGGUCUCGGUCUAUCAUCAUUCCCAUCACAACUCCUCGCACAGGAGUAGUGGGGGUGGAGAGGCAUCUUCCAAAGAACCAGCCUCCACGUUGAACCAAGAAAUGGCGUUGACUUCUAGUUCUCACCACCAGUCAACACCUACACAUCAUCAGCAUCAACCUUCAGUUAGCAGUAGCAACCAUCAUAGUUCUUUACAACCAAAUCCACAGAUACCAGUAUCUCUGCCAGGCCUUAAUUUAGAUGGAGCACAUAUACCUGCCAGUGUCAGUCAUCUACAAGCAGCACAUGCACAAAUGCAACAGCAAAUGCAAGCAGCACAACAACAACAGCUGCAUCAGCAGCAACCGCAACAACAACAACAACAAUCUCAUCAUCAAAUACAAAAUCACCAAAAUGCUCAGAAUAGUGGACCAACUGCGCAUAAUCAAGCCGCACAGAGAGAUGACAACAAAGUAAAAGAUGAAGGUGGAAGUUGCACAACUGAACGUUGUAGUGAUAAUCAAGUUCACUGUCAAGUUCAGUGUGAUCUUCAGUUACAAACAUCUCAAGAUUUGCAACAAAGCCUUAUGCAGCAACAACAGCAACAGCAACAACAGCAACAGCAACAACAGCAACAAAUUGGUGUAAAUAUAAGUGGAAAUUCCUCGACAGAAGGAGGCGGUCAAAAUAAUACAGAAAAACCUGAAAAAGAAAAAGAGCUCCGUCAACUGAAUAUGGCACAAUUUCAAGUACCGGAUUUAAAACCAGGUGGUCACAUGAUGGAUGUAAGAACAGCAGAUGGUUCGGUCGUGAAAAUUAGUGCUGGAAGUGAACAAGAUUUAGCAAAAACGCUUGGCGUUGAAAUGGUCCAAAAUAUGUACAAGGUGAAUGUUGAAGAUAUUAAUCAACUUUUAGCAUAUCAUGAAGUGUUUGGAAAAUUACAAAGUGAAAUAGCAGCAGGUACAACCUUAGUUGGAAGUACAGUUCCUACUCAAACAGUUACCACUAUACAAAACGGAACACCAAUUGUGCAACAAGUUCAAUUAAAUAAAUUUGAUAUUAAAUCGAGUGAUGGUGAAGCUACACCAGGGCCAAGUGCGUCGCCAGUAUCAGUUGGAAGUCAUGCUUGUGAAAUAUGUGGGAAAAUUUUUCAAUUUCGUUAUCAACUUAUUGUGCAUCGUAGAUAUCAUACAGAAAGAAAACCUUUUACUUGCCAGGUUUGCGGCAAGGCUUUUUUGAAUGCAAAUGAUUUGACGCGUCAUGGAAAAUGUCAUUUAGGAGGAUCUAUGUUUACUUGUACAGUAUGCUUUCACGUUUUUGCGAAUGCUCCAUCACUAGAACGUCAUAUGAAACGACAUGCUACGGAUAAACCAUAUAACUGUACUGUAUGCGGAAAAAGUUUUGCUAGAAAAGAACAUUUGGAUAAUCAUACUCGUUGUCACACUGGAGAAACACCUUACAGGUGUCAGUACUGUUCAAAAACGUUUACUAGAAAAGAACAUAUGGUAAAUCAUGUUCGCAAACAUACGGGUGAAACACCUCAUCGAUGUGAUAUAUGUAAAAAGAGUUUUACCCGCAAAGAACAUUUUAUGAACCAUGUUAUGUGGCACACAGGAGAAACUCCACAUCAUUGCCAAGCCUGUGGGAAAAAGUAUACAAGGAAAGAACAUCUUGCAAAUCAUAUGCGUUCACAUACCAACGACACACCAUUUCGUUGUGAAAUAUGUGGUAAAUCGUUUACUAGAAAAGAGCAUUUCACGAAUCAUAUAAUGUGGCACACGGGUGAAACGCCGCAUCGCUGCGACUUCUGCUCGAAGACAUUUACUCGAAAGGAACAUCUUUUAAACCACGUUCGGCAACACACCGGUGAAUCUCCACAUCGAUGUGGUUUCUGCUCUAAAUCGUUUACGAGAAAGGAACACCUUGUUAAUCACAUCAGGCAACACACAGGAGAAACACCUUUUCGCUGUCAGUACUGUCCAAAAGCAUUUACUCGGAAAGAUCAUCUGGUAAACCAUGUCAGACAACACACGGGUGAGUCACCGCACAAGUGCCAGUAUUGCACCAAAUCCUUCACCAGGAAGGAACAUUUGACAAAUCACGUGCGUCAACAUACAGGCGAAUCGCCACAUCGAUGCCACUUCUGCUCCAAGUCAUUUACUCGUAAGGAGCAUUUAACGAAUCAUGUUCGAAUCCACACCGGUGAAUCACCACACAGGUGUGAAUUUUGUCAAAGAACAUUCACCAGAAAGGAGCAUCUAAAUAAUCAUCUCCGACAACAUACCGGAGAUUCGUCACAUUGUUGUAACGUGUGUUCAAAACCAUUUACAAGAAAGGAACAUUUGGUAAAUCAUAUGAGAUGUCAUACUGGUGAACGUCCAUUUGUAUGCACAGAAUGCGGCAAAAGUUUUCCAUUGAAGGGUAACUUACUUUUUCACAUGCGUUCGCACAAUAAAGGAAGUAACGCUGAAAGACCGUUCCGUUGUGACUUAUGCCCUAAAGAUUUCAUGUGUAAGGGACACUUAGUAUCUCACAGGCGUUCACAUUCAGACGAAAGACCGCAUAGUUGUCCAGAUUGUGGAAAAACAUUUGUCGAAAAAGGUAAUAUGUUGAGACAUUUGAGAAAGCAUGCGGCAGAAGGACCACCGACACAAGUGAGCACUCCAUCAGCCAUUCCUCAGUCUGGUGUGUUACCAAUACCAGCGGCAGCUGUUUUAGUCGGCCAUCCUCUGGCACCGCCAGCGCCACCAGUAGUACCACAACAUACUGUUGUUGUGCCUACACCUCCUGGUGUGUUGACUUCCUAUUAAACCAAAUGAAGAAAGAGUAUGAAAGCAUUUUAUUAAAAAAAAAUUGAUUUAAAAAAAAGUGUAUACAUAAUGAAUGUUUGUGUUAAUUCAUGAAAGUGCACUAUUAAGUUUUGCGAAAAGAGUAGAAUGUAAUUUCGAUGAGCAAGACAGUUGAUCAGUGUUGUUAUGUAUUAUCAUAAAUAUUGUUUUUUAUGUUAUCAUAACUGCAGCACCGCAUUAUUCUUAUUUCAACUGUUCAUUACAAAGUUUGUCUGCAGCUACGUACAAAGAAAUAUGUAAACUUAAAUUUGAACAAUAACUACCGCAAUAGUAGUAGUACCAAAGUUAAAUUUUGUUAUUUCCUUUUAUAAAUAGUAAUUUUAAUAGAUUAUUUGUGAAAAGAGAAAAUAUUCAAUAUUAUGUGUUUGUAUAUUCAACUUAUACAGAAUCCAUGUGCGACACUUUGCGAUUCAGUGAUGAACACAUUUUCACUAUUAAUCGAAUUAUAGUAACACCCUGAUUAUGGCACCAAUAUGGAGUAUUAAUUUUGUAUAUGCUAAUGUAUAUGAAAUUAUUAUACAAGACUAAUAUAUCAGCUAAAUGCAAAAUUGUAAAAUUUGACAUCAUAUAAUAUGGUAUACAUUGAAUGGUAUAGUUAUGAUGUAAAGAAAUGAUCGUACAGUGCUUGAAGUUUAAAAUGUUCGUUAAUUUAGAUUAUGUUCCCCAAGAUAUUGUAUUUAACCCUCCGACUGUUCUUGGUGCCUAUUGAUCAGUUAUGUACAGCAAGUAGUAAAACGGAUACAAGUACCCACUCACCGUUGCACGUGUGCAGCUGAAUGAGCGCUGUUACAGUUGUAAAUUCGGAGGACAGAUUGCUCCUCACUUUUGAGUAUUUUGGAGUCACAUAACUGCAUUACGCUAUCACCAAGGAAUAACUCACGGUAAAAAUGAUUUUGCGUUAAUGAUGGACGUCCAUCUUAUUUACUGCUGUAAAUAUUCGGCUAAAGUGUCUAUUAUGUAUUUGUUAUUACUUCUUUGGAAGGCCAACUUUUUUCAUAGCAGUGAUUUAAUAACCAAUAUUAUAAAUAUAAAAAAUAAUAAAAAAUAAUUAUUGAAAAUAAUAAAACAAUAUUCUUCAAUUAUAACAUGCAUUUCGUGCUUAACGACUGUUAUUGUAAUUCAUUCGUGUCACAGUGUUCACAUAGCUCCCAAAUAAACAACAGUCGCAGGGUUAAAUUCUAUUUUAUAUCAUUUUAUUCGAUUUUUUUCAAAGUUAUUAAGUAUAAAAUAAAUUUCUACUCAAAAUGGUUAUUGUAUCCAAAAAAUAUUUGUUGAUAUUCAUUAUUAUAAAUUUCAUUAAAAUAUGUACACAUUGUGCUAUUAAUUCAUAAGCAGUAGAUGAUUUCAUUAGAUGUGGAGUGUUAUUUUUAAUUUUAUGAUUAAAAUAAAUCUUCUAAAAUCAUUUUCUCCGAAAAAAUAAAUUUCGUUGGCUUCGAUUUGGUUUUAGAAUAAGUAAAAAUUUCAAUACCUCAUCAAUUACUAAUUAAAUGUUUUAAAAGCAAAUAUAUUUUAUUAUUUUUACGAAAGCUUGUAAACGCGACUGAGAAAGAUGAAUAUUUCGUAAGUAAUAAUUUACUUAGGUAUUUACUUUUAGCCAAUUGCUGCGUAGUUUACUUUAAUAUAACAAUUUAUAUUCAGAAAUGAUUUAUGUUUUACACGAAUUUGUAUGUCGACGAAAAUUUGACAUUAGUUAUUCGUGUUAGUUAUAAUUAUUGUUUUUCGUGUAAUUGUAAUUAAUGUAGUUGAGUGCAAUAAGUUUGCCAGUUUCAUUUAAGUUUCACCUAGAAUGAAAACCACUGGUAUACUGAAUUUUAGGCUUACAACAAAUACAGAUGAAAUAUGUAAGUCAGUGCAGUUAUCAGUAGUUGAAAAAUUAAUUUAAAUUUUGUUUGGUUUUUAAAAUCAAUUUUAAAUAUUAAUAUUUGAGUAUCGUCUAAUUUGAAAGAAAAAAAUAUAUUAUGGAUAUAGCAAUUCUAUAAGAUCACGUAUUGCGUAUUUACGAUUAAGAAUAAAAUAAAAUUGUAAGUUUGGUUUUACGAUAAUGUUGCGUUAUGCUAAGUUACCUAAGCGUAUUUAUUAAAGUACUCAAUAACAGAACAUAAUUACAUACAUUUAAUUUGUAUAAAAUGUUAAAAAUAGAAAACUCGCAUUUUAUCUGUUGUCGCAUUACCAGACUUACUUUAAUUAUGUAUAAUAUUAUAUCAUAACAACUAUUGAUUAGACAGAAGAAAGAUGAAAAGUUUAUUAACGCGUCUGCAUGCGUCAUAUGAAGUUUCGUGUACGAUAGUGUUUGUCACUUCAUAGAAGACUAGAUUAAUAUAUUAUGAUAAAUAUUAACUACAUAUAUUAAAACAGUUAAAUAUCACGUACUAUUUAAAAAGAAACAAUGCGAAAAAUAAUUACAACAUGAUGUAACUUUGUGAGUGACAUAAAAUGUAUGUCACGUGUGAAACGUAAACUUUUCAUUACAUUCAUAAAGAGAGGAGAAGAGACGAAGUCUGUGCAAAGAUACAUCUGAAAAAAUAAAACAAAUAUAUGUGUAAUAUAUAUAUUACUCACGCUUAUAUACAUUAUGUAUAUAUUCUGUAUACGAUAUGAGAAAGCGUACACCAUGAUGCCAUACCGAAUAUACUUGAAGCAAGAGUAUUAUUUCCAGUAAUUUGUGUAAAAGAUUUCUCUGCAAUAUGUUCGUGGCAUCAAUUCUUGUAAUUUGCUGAAAAGUUUAACAAAAAAUAAAUAGAAAUAAUGUUUAUAUGAA